AUGGAAUUCUCAAGGCACGGUCAAGUAUUGGGGAACCUUUUGUUUGAGUUAUUAUCAGAGGCACUUGGACUCCUGCCUGAUCAUCUUAAAGACAUGGAUUGUGCAAAGGGACACUUAAUUUUCUGUCACUGCUAUCCAUCAUGUCGUGAGCCUGAACUGAAAAUGGGAACCAGAAGCCACACAGAUCCUGAUUUCAUCACAAUUUUGUUUCAAGAUCAUGUUGGUGGACUCAAAGUUUUGGUCCAGAAUUAUUGGAUUGAUAUGCCCCCUAUUCCUGGAGCACUGGUUUUAAACAUUGGAGAUCUACUGCAGAACAUUACUGUGAGUUGUGUUUUCUGUCAUUUGUAA